AUGCCCCCAGGACGCCCCAAAUUCGACCUUGAACCCUUCAAGGGCGAGAUCACUGAGGCCUGGAACCGUCGCGAGACGAACGAGAGCAUUAUCAAAUCUCUCGCCGCGAAAGGCGUCGAAGUGAACCAGAAAACGUUCCAGAGGCGGCUGCGCGAAUGGGGUCUCUACAGAUAUAAUAACAAGGGCACAGGAAAGGUGCGAACCUCUGGUGCGCGCAAAGUCGCGACACCAACAAGCGCACACGCACGACCGCCGGUGGUGAGGACACCCGCCGAGGUGCAGCGCGGCGCGCAGGAGGAGAUCCCGGACUCGCGGAGGGGGGGCGAACCACAUCACAUCUUGGGCGACGGUGGGGAUGUUAAAUACGUCCGUCGCCGCCGUGACGAGGAGGAGAAGACUGACUGA